AUGCGAGUGGAUUUCGAGAAGAAAAAUCUACUCACUCAUUUGCAUAUCUCAUUACAAUUUGGCCAAAAUCGUAUUGACUCGGCCAGCCGGCUCUUAGUUUCUCCAACGAUUUCAGCUCGAACGCUUCAUGAACCUGGCACCGAAAUUUGUUUUCAAUUAUUAUUUUAAAUCAAUUGGAACUGCAGGUGGAUAUAUACAGUGGACCGUGUCAUCAUAGAUCUAAAAGCUAUGCACUUGCAAUGUGUUAUUAGUUGGCUGCUUCUAGCAAGUUUUAGCCAGGGGGCACUUGGAAGGGGAUUUCUUAACCUAAAACCCAUACCGAUUGAAGAUAUUGAAAGCACCACAGAGGCUUCUAAUAAUCCCACACCCUCUCCAACAUCACCACCUACUAAUAGGGACAUCACUAUCGGUCCUUGUAAAUGGGCCAUAGGUCGCAGUUGCCCCGAUCCGGAUGUUAAGUAUUAUAUCUAUACACGGCACAAUCCGAUGGAUAGACAGUGUCUCCACAUAGAUGAGUCCCUAGAGAAGUCCAAUCUGACAGAUUCCUACUUCAAUCCCCGAUAUCCCACCAAGAUCAUUAUCCAUGGCUAUAACUCAGAUAUGUUUCUGCAUCCACUGCAACAAAUGCGGGAUGAGUACCUGGCCAAGGCGGAUUAUAAUAUAAUCUAUGUUGAUUGGAGCGUCUUGUCGCCAGGUCCCUGUUAUAUAAGUGCCGUCCAUAACACCAAACAUGCUGGCACCUGUACCGCACAGCUAGUUGAGAGAUUGGUGGAGACGGGCAAUAUGGAUAUCCAUGUGAUAGGUUUCUCAUUAGGAGCUCAAGUGCCCAACUAUAUAGCCCGAAAUCUAACCUCAUUCACGCUGCCCAGAAUAACGGGGUUGGAUCCAGCAAUGCCUCUAUUUAUUACCUCCGGUAGUGCGGAUAAAUUGGAUCCUAGCGAUGCCAGCUAUGUAGAUGUGAUUCACACGAAUGCCUUGGUCCAAGGAAAAAUGGAGAGAUGUGGUCAUGCGGAUUUUUACAUGAACGGAGGAAUCAUGCAACCUGGCUGUAAUGGACAGAAAAUUAAUUCCUUUGCUUGCAGUCAUCAACGGGCACCCGCCUACUUUCUGGAGUCCAUUCGCUCACCUAAAGGCUUUUGGGGAUGGGCCUGCAGUGGAUACAUAUCAUACCUCCUGGGAAUGUGUCCUCCAACAAACUUCCUGCUAGAGGCUGGAGAUAAUAUACGGCCGACUACAAGAGGAAUGUUUAUGAUAGACACCAAUGAUACUUCACCAUUUGCUUUAGGGAAGUGGACGGACUUGCCCACUUUGGGAGCAAAGCAAUCAAAUUGGCGAGCUCCGCCGCAAAGACUUAAGGCACCUCCAAAUCAGGGUGUAGAUCCCCUCCUGCAUCACAUCGACCAGUUUGGUAAACUAGCAUCCAACUUUAACAACUUACAGAUGUAUCCCAGUGAACAAGAUCCUUAUGAGCACUGGACGAGCUUCAGUCCGGAGCAGAAGGAAAGCGAUGACGAUGAUAACUCUGUGGAGGAGCAAGACCUCGUUGAAUUUGCCGAACCAAAUGAUCGCCAUGACACGCAAGCUCCUGCACUAAGCUGGUGGGAUUAUAGAAGGAAUCUUACUUAUGGAUUUAUGGAGAAUAACAUAUUUUCUGUGCCAACAGUGGAUUAGCCCUAAUCCAUGGUUUAAGCUAUUAAAUACCCUUCCUUGCCCCCAUUCCUUACUAUCUUAAGCCGCCCAAGCUGAUGUCAGCAAAUACAUUCGUUUAAAACAA